UUUUGUAACCGAUUACCUACUGCCAGUCUCGAUUUCAGACUCGACUGAGUCGCCGCUUGCAGUGCACUUCUUUUAAUUUUUAAAGCUUUACGAUUUUAGUAAUUAGAUUAAUUGUAGUUCAAACUAAAAGUGACACAUAUAAACUAAAGAUUAAUUGCAUAAUGGCGCCUUCCACAACAUGGCGGGCCAUUAAAAUUUUCACGCUUCUUGCUGGUUUUCUUUACAUUAGUCAAGUCAACUGUCAAGCUGAUAAGAGAGUUUCUGUUCAGCAAUAUUACGAGUCAUCGGAUUCAGAUGAUGUGAUAAAAAACAAAAUCCGCCCGGAUACCUAUGCCCAACAUCCUUCUGAGGGUCCUCAAUACAUCGACAAACAGAAAUCAAUUAAUGAAGAUAAUGUUUCAGCUGUAUACAGUGAACAAUAUGUACCACAUAGCCAACCAAUUGACGAGGAAGCCCAAGAAUCUAUCAGUUCUGGUUCUAUAAACAAUCAUAGAAUACCCCAGUUCACACGCAAUAGUGGUGCACCAGUAGUUACCGACGGAUCCGAGGCUAAGAAUGUGGGAAACAGAGUAGUUUCUGCGAAUUACCACGGCCCUACAGGCUCUGGAUACUCCGUCGACAACUCGUACAACCAACAGUUUAGUUCCCAGGAUCUAAUUCAAGACCAAAACUACCAACUAGAAUUCAAAUACCACGAUUACGACAAAAUGACUAAAUUCUUGAGAACUACGUCAUCUAGAUAUCCUAAUCUUACUGCUUUAUACUCUAUUGGAAAAUCUGUCCAAGGCCGUGAUUUAUGGGUUAUGGUUGUAUCCUCUAGUCCAUACGAACAUAUGAUAGGAAAACCUGAUGUCAAAUACGUAGCUAAUAUGCAUGGGAAUGAGGCUGUUGGAAGAGAACUUAUGUUACAUCUCAUCCAAUAUUUGGUGAACAGUUAUUCAGUUGAUCCGUAUAUCAGGUGGCUUUUGGACAAUACCCGUAUCCAUAUCUUGCCGUCAAUGAACCCUGAUGGUUUUGAAGUAGCACGUGAAGGGCAAUGCGAUGGCGGUCAGGGCCGUUACAAUGCUCGUGGUUAUGAUCUAAACAGAAACUUCCCUGAUUAUUUCAAACAAAAUAAUAGAAAAGGGCAACCUGAAACUGACGCUGUUAAAGAUUGGACGUCUAAAAUACAAUUUGUGUUAUCCGGAGGAAUUCAUGGCGGUGCUUUGGUUGCUAGCUAUCCAUUCGACAAUACGCCUAACUCUAGGCUUUGCGUAAUAUCUACACUUUGUUCUAUGUUCCAAAGUUAUACUUCAACACCUUCAUUGACUCCCGAUGAUGACGUGUUUAAACAUCUUGCAUUGACGUAUUCAAGAAACCACCCCACUAUGAAUCAAGCCGUCGCGUGUAAACAAAAUACUCCAUCGUUCAACAGUGGCAUCACCAAUGGAGCUGCUUGGUAUCCACUAACAGGGGGUAUGCAAGAUUUUAACUAUGUGUGGUAUGGUUGUAUGGAAGUGACAUUGGAAUUGUCUUGUUGUAAAUACCCACCUGCAGCCGAGUUACCUAAAUUUUGGGAAGAAAACCGAAUGUCGCUAGUUAAAUUUUUGGCAGAAGCUCAUCGAGGAGUUCAUGGUUUUGUAAUGGAUGAACAUGGUAAUCCAAUUGAAAAAGCAUCACUUAAGAUUAAGGGACGUGACGUAGGAUUUCAAACUACAAAAUACGGAGAAUUCUGGAGGAUAUUACUACCUGGUGUUUACAAAUUAGAAAUUUAUGGUGAUGGCUACAUUCCAAAAGAAAUGGACUUCAUGGUAGUUGAACAACACCCAACACUUUUAAAUGUUACAUUACAUAGUUCAAAGAGACAGGAUAAUUCACAUUUUAACAGACCUCCAGUUCCUCAUUUUUACCACCACCAUCAUCCACAAGGUAUAGCAUUGGCACCUAAGCCAGCAAUUCAAGAUUCUGGUAUGUUUUCUAGUAUUACAUCUGGUUUUAACAACUUAGUAAGCAAUAUUUUUGGAUAAAAUUUAAUUCAAAUUAACUAAUUUUCACAAGUAUAAAUAAAUUAAAUACAAAACAGCCAAUAUCUGAUCUCCAUGCUGGAAAAGAUAUAGAUCUAUGAAAAUUAAAAAAAAUCUACUUAAUUUAAGCAAUACAUAACAACAUCAUAGUAUACACUUCACUACUAGCACCUACUUAAAAAUUUAUUUAUUUAUAUUAUUUAAUAUAACUAAAUUUAAAUAAUAUUACACAUUGAUUUGUUAUAUUUAAUUAUUUUUGUAAGAGCAUUUUUAUUAUAAAAUUGUGUACAUAUAUUUAAGUGAAUAAAAAAUAUUUUGUAAUA